UGAAGCAGAUUAAUGGUGAGCAAAUAAAUUAAGCGCACCAACAAUAAAAUAUGAAAAGGCCGGGAAAUGCAAACAAACUAAAGAGAGAACAAGCUGCAUGCGUACGUUGUAGACAGACAGAGUGGCAGCAGGGGUGUGACAAUAGGAGUGAGAAUCAGCGAGAGAGGCAUGCCUGGCCGGCCCCAUCCUAUGUCUACACAAGGUAUGCAUGCGACGUACGUACGUGACACUACUACUAGCUAGUAGUGUCAGCGAUGGAGCGUGACACUACACAAGGUAUGCAUGUAGCUGUAAUCCAUCCAUCUCUGGCAUGCAGAUGGAGAUGGUAUGUACGUAGUAUCUGCGUGCGCCUGCAGCAGAUAGCUAGAACCGAACCGAACCGUUGCUGGCCGUUAAUUACGAUCCAUCAUCAUCGCAGCGCAGGCAGCAUGCACCAUAUGUAUACUAGUCGUAUUAUUGUGUAGGUGCUGUAACCCCAACAAACUCUGCGCUCACGCGCAUCUGCUUUGCUUCGUCAUCCAUCGGCCAUGACGACACCACCGCCACCCAAGCAUGAGCCGCAUGGCCUCGCCGCUGUUGCGGCCGAGGUGCGCGCGCAGCGCGGCAUCGCGCUCCCGCUCAUCGGCAUGAACCUCACCUGGUUCGCCAAGCAGGCCGUCACCACCGCCUUCCUGGGCCGCCUCGGCGACCUCCAGCUGGCCGCCGGCACGCUCGGCUACAGCUUCGCCAACGUCACCGGCUUCGCCGUCCUCACCGGCCUCUGCGGCGCCAUGGAGCCCAUCUGCGGCCAGGCGCACGGCGCGGGGAACGUCGCCCUCCUGCGCGGGACGCUGCUCAGGGCCACGCUCAUGCUCCUCGCCGCCUCCGUCCCCAUCGCGCUCCUCUGGACGCGCGUCGACGCCGUCCUGCUGCGCUUCGGCCAGCAGCCCGACAUCGCCGACACGGCCAGGACCUACGUGCUCUGCCUCCUCCCGGACCUCGCCGUCACCUCCGUGCUCAACCCGCUCAAGGCCUACCUCAGCGCGCAGGAGGUGACGCUGCCCACGCUGUUCGCCGCCGCGCUGGCGCUGGCGCUCCACAUCCCGCUCACCGUCUCGCUCUCCGCCAGGAUGGGCGUCAGGGGAGUGGCCGCGGCAGUCUGGCUCAGCGACCUCGCCCUCGCGCUCAUGCUCGCCGCCUACGUGCUCGCCCACGAGCUCCGGCGGGGGACGACGACCAAGCCACCAACACCAACACCAACACCUGCCUCCCCGACGUCGUCGCUCCUCCGUCUCGCCGUCCCCUGCUGCCUCAACACCUGCCUCGAGUGGUGGUCCUACGAGAUCCUGGUGCUCCUCACGGGCCGCCUCCCCGACGCCCGCCGCAUGGUGGCCGUCGUCGCCGUCACCCUCAACUUCGACUACCUGCUGUUCGCCGCCAUGCUGUCGCUGUCCGUCAGCGCGUCGGUGCGCGUCUCCAACGAGCUGGGCGCCGGGGACGCCGCCCUGGCGCGCCGCGCCGCAAGGGUGUCCGUCGCGGGCGGCUUGGCGGCGGGCCUCGCCGGCGGCCUGCUCAUGCUGGCGGCGCGCCGGCCGUGGCCCCGCAUAUACACCCGCAGCCCGGAGGUGCGGGACGGCGUGGGCCGGGCCAUGAAGGUCAUGGCCAUGCUGGAGGUGGUCAACUUCCCGCUCAACGUCUGCGGCGGCAUCGUGCGGGGCACGGCGCGCCCGCUGCUGGGCAUGUACGCCGUCGUCGGUGGCUUCUACGUGGUGGCGCUGCCGGUCGGCGUCGCGCUCGGGUUCAAGGCCCGCCUCGGACUCGAGGGACUGCUGGCCGGCUUCCUGCUGGGCGCCGCCGUCAGCCUGGCGGUGCUCGUCACGGUCAUCGUGUGCAUGGACUGGGCGGCAGAGGCAGACAAGGCGCGGACCAGGGCAGGGGAUGCCGGUGCCGGUCGUGUCGAGCCGUCGGCGACCAAGGCGCCGGUGGAAUCGGAGGCUUGCUAGCUCAUGGAUCGCCACCGUUUAUAUAUACAACAAACAAACAUCCUGUGCUGUCUGUCAGCGUUUGUGUAAACAUAUACUCCUGAACCUGAAUUGUGCAGUCGAAGCAACAGAAACCAAAUUGUAAGACUAUUCAUCCCAUUCCCAAACUACUAGACUAAUUUCAGAUCCAGUUUUUGGUAGCCAUGCCCAUGCAUGCAUGGUGGAGCUGAGACAGCAGAUUAAAGAGAGCAGCAGACAUCACUACUGGACUUCCUUUUGCAUCUUGCUCCAUGAGUCAGAUCCCUUCAAAUAAAGAAGAAUGCUGCCGGACCUGAGAAAUUUGCAGCGCAUCAUCUGCUACUGUCAGUAAGAGGAAAGGACAGAACGUGGUGGUGGACACUGAUGUGAGGAGGAGUUUGAGAAUAAUAUUUAUUUGUUUGUGUUUUUUUAAAAAAAUGACAGGAAUUCUUUGGCCUGCUCUGCUGCAGUUAACACUUGGGCACGACCUUCAGUGGUAUUGAUGAUCGAUUUGAGCAAUGAAACAAACCCUGAGUACCAAGGAGAAAGAUAAUUAACAGAAUUAUUGCAAAAAAAAGAAAAAAAAAACAGGCUGAUAAUCUCCAUGCUGCUGACGGCAUAACCGUGAUUCUCCCUGAGGCUUACUUUGGCAGCACAGGUAAAUUAAUCACGGGAAAAUAGUCACGCGCGUGGAAUUUUUUUGACAUUUGAUUCCCACUACCAUCUCUGGGGAGAUAUACAUGCGGGGGGGAGUUUUGCUGUGGCUGUUUGGCAUCC